UUCAUCACAUGAUCUCUGAUCGUACGUAGUACGUAUUAUCAUUUCAGUUUUUAUCAAAAACUCGGCUUCUCUUCUGGUUCAAUCUCCUUAAUGAAUUCUUCGUUACUACCCCACAUGAAUCUGCUCGUCAGUUCAAACCUUUACUCCUCGUAACUGAUGCUUUCAUUCCCAUCCCAUCUCAUUUCUUUCUAAUCGCUCUUCUCGCCAUGGGGCUGUCUCUGAAUUCUACCACACAAAAACUCAGCAAAUUUUCCGGUGAUAAUUUUGUUUACUCUCUAUGCAAAGUACUGGGUAUUUCAGGAUUGGCUUUCUUCUUGGUUUAUCUGCUUGUUCUAAACCAUUAUUCCACCUGCCCGGCUUCGGAUAUCUUGUCGCCGUUGUAUCGCAUUUGGACGACGCCGGCACCUAAUUCUGAGGUCAGAGAAAAGUUUGCCACCGCCACGAAUAUUAACCACCUCGUGUUUGGGCUCGUGACUUCGGUGAAAACAUGGAAGCCAAGGCGGCCUUUUAUUGAAGCUUGGUGGCGCCCCAACAUAACCCGGGGAUUUCUAUUUCUAGACAAGGCUCCCACCGAUGAGUUGCUUCCAUGGCCGGUAACUUCUCCUCCGUUUGUGAUCUCUGAUGACACGAGAAAACUCGAGGUCGAGUCGAAGCACGUGGCGCCGAUCAUGGUGCGGAUGGUGCACGCCAUUUGGGAGACGUUCAGAGAGGGCGGCGAGGGGGUGAGGUGGUACAUAAUGGGCUUCGAUGACUCAGUCUUCAUGCCUGAGAAUUGGGUGCAUGUUUUGUCCAAGUAUGAUCAUACCAAAUACUAUUACAUCGGUGGCUACUCUGAAACUUCUAUUUCGAAUCUGUGGUACUCGUUCGAACAGGCGUUUGGCGGUGGUGGAUUCGCCUUGAGUUAUCCCUUGGCAGCUGCAAUGGUGAAGGAUUUGGAAGGUUGCAUUAGGAGAUAUCCCUAUGUUAGAUCACACGACACAAUUGUACAGUAUUGUGUCAAUGAAUUGGGAGUUUCUCUUACUGUGGAGCCAGGCGUUCAUCAGAUUGAUCUUGUUGGCGACAUAUCAGGUUUCCUCUCAGCCCAUCCACAGUCUCCUUUGCUAUCUCUCCACCACCUUGAUUACACAAACCCUAUCUUCCCUUCCAUGGACGUCUUCCAAUCCACAACACACCUCAUGAAAGCCGGCAACGUCGACCAGUCGCGUCUCCUGCAGCAAACCAUCUGCUACGACAAGCAGAAGAAAUGGUCGAUUUCGGUCUCUUGGGGCUACUCGGUCCACAUUUACGAGAUCAUUCACCCCCGCGCCAUGCUGAAGAGGCCCCUCGAAACGUUUGAGCCGUGGCCGAGGAAUGCCAAGCCCCCCAAGUUCAUGUUCAACACCCGCUGGCCAUGCGAGACCCCUAGUGUCUUCUUCUUCGGCAGCAUCGAAAAAACCUCCGACAAUCUAACUCUUACGACCUACGCUCGAGCGCCCUCCCCUGGUAAGCCAAAUUGCCAAUGGAAAGGCAACCAAACCGCGGCGCAUAUCACCAAAGUCCAGGUCUUCUCAUCGGCAACAAAGCUCAGCGGGGUUGAAAGAAGUGAAUGCUGCGAUAUUACAAGCAUGGCUGGAACAGACGUUGCAGAAGUGACACUAAGGGCAUGCAAGGAUGACGAGAUAAUUGGAUAA